GUUUCAGUUGAAGCGAAUUCGAGAUGUCUAGCGCUAAAGAGCCUCAAGAGUAUCGUAUUUUCGUUGGAGGCUUGUCUUGGGAAGUGACGGAGCGUCAGCUUGAAGACGCCUUUUCUCGUUUCGGCAAGAUUAUUGACUCCCAGGUUCUUGUUUUUCUUCGAAUCGUAUGUAUAUGCAUGAAUAUGCUGUUUUUGUUGUUGUUGGUAGUGGUAUGUGUGGCUGUUAAGUUAUUGAGAUCUGGGUUGUUUGGUUUUUCGUGUUUAGUUGUUUAAUUUAAUCGAUUUUGUGGUUUUUAGAGGUGGGUGUUAAAAUGAAGUUAUGUAUUGUUAAUUUGGGGGGUUUUGAUUAUAUUGUGGAAGAAAUCAAACAAAAUGGCUGCAAACGGUUUUAUGUUGAAUUGUUGCCGCAAACCCUUCUAUUUUACUACUGCAUGUUGGGUAUUGAGGUUUUGGGUCAUGUUCAUUUUUUGUAAAUUGGUCAAUUUAGCUCUGAUGAACAUGAAUAUUUAAGCUUUAAUGAUUUGAAUUAUAAUUGACGGUUCAAUUGGUUUUGAAAGAUCAAACCCAUGAUUUUUUUUUUUUGUUGGAAGCAGUGAAAUUUUGCCUCAAUUGUGGUAGCAUUUUGUAUAUCUUAUGUUUAUGUAUUAAUGAUGUGUAUUAUGUUAUCUUGUAAGUCAAUGUGAGAAAAUUUGAGCUCAAUACAAUCAUCUUAUCAGCCAAUGCAUAUAUAAGAUUUUUUUAUUAUUUUUCAGUGAAGCUGGUAUGUUCAUGGUUAUGAUGUACUCGGUUUUUAUCCAUAUAUUUUGUUGACAUGUGUAUUCUAUAACAUUGAUACACUUUGUGCUAUAUAGAUAUAAUUUUGACAGUCUUAUCAGCCAAUGCAUAUAUAAGAUUUUUUUAUUAUUUUUCAGUGAAGCUGGUAUGUUCAUGGUUAUGAUGUACUCGGUUUUUAUCCAUAUAUUUUGUUGACAUGUGUAUUCUAUAACAUUGAUACACUUUGUGCUAUAUAGAUAUAAUUUUGACUACUUACUAAUCAAUCUUACUCAUUUGUGAGCUUCAUUCUUAAUGCUGCUGGGAGGUUUGAUUUGCGUUCAUUUGAGUUAUAAGGAGCUUUUGGUAAAUUUGAUUUGCAUCAUUGCGGCCAGCUGUUAGAUGUUUGAUUGAAUUUGAUCAGAUGGUUGUGUCCAGAUUCUAAUUUAUAAGUGUCACACAAGUAGUAACCGUCUCUGUCUCAGAAGGCUGAUUGAGCUGAAUAUCAGAUUCAUCAGGCUCUGUAAUAUCAGAUUAAUUUCUCCAGUAUAUAGUAAGAUCCAUGGUUAAGGUAUCCAUUAGGGAAGACCUAUGAUAACUUUGGACUGCCUCUAAUCCAGGGUGAAGUUUAAUAACUUAUAAGUUACAUGUUGCAAAGAACUGAAGUCCUCUGUUCAUUGUUGGUCGUAGUUGUGGCAGUGUUAAUCAUAGUUAGGUUUAUCGAGAAUUGAUGUCUGUUGGCUUUUGAAGAAAAGAUAGAAAAAGACAAUAACAGUGUAUAGCUCAAAGAAUUUAUGUUAGUGACAUGCUGAUGAGCUUCACCAAGUUUGAAUGUAUUACGCACAUUGUUUGAGAAAUCCAAGGAAACAACUUGUUCGCCAAAUUGCCAAGGUAUGUGGCAAGGAGAAGAAGCCGCAUGCUGUAGCAAGGAGAUAUAGCCACAUGCGAAGGAUGCAGAUUAGUAUGCACAAACAAUUGUCAUAUAGACUGCAGUUUUGUUCUCUGUCUUGACAAGUAUCUCCGGCCCUCGUCCUGGUGACUGGUAUCUUUUGUGCUCUUAGUGUUGACAGGAAUCCUUACUCAGUGAGAGAUGAUUUUUGUAAUGGUUGACAGUCCGACUAUAUAAUAGGGAAUUAGUUUAGUGGCUUUUGCAUUUCUGACUUUUUGGAUAUUGUUUUUUCUUUCCAUGAAGACAUCUGAUUUUCAUUGGGAUGAAUCUCAUAUAUCUUCUCGACAUAGAAUCCAGUCUCUCGUUUUGAACAGAUUAGUAUACAUAGUCAUCUCUCAAGAACCCUCUGUGUACAGGAAAUGAUAUUGGAUUCUGUCGGAUUCUUCUAGUGAUUUUAGCUUUAACGAAUUUAUUCUAGUUUUCUAUUCCAGUUUAGUAUUCUCUUGAGAAGUGUCUCUGCUUUUUGGAGAUUUUCUCAUGUAAGCUGUAUCAAUAUCCCAAGGUGGGUAUUGAAACUGAUUACAAGUCCUGCAUCUUCUUCUUCGUGUUUCUGUUCAAAUAAAGUUCUUGUAUGUGCAGUCCCCAUUCAUGUAUAGUCGUUAUUAUAUAGGAGAUGGGAUGCUUAUUAAGAGUGGCAGUAUGGUUGAUACAAUUGCCUUGUGAUGCCUGAUUAUAUAAGGUGAUCAGUGUUUGAACUUAUCUUAUCGAGAUAUAGCUGAUUACUUACCUUUAAGAAGGAAUCAAGUGGGCUAAUUAGUUCACCGCAAGUGUGAAUAAGGUUAUGUAUAUGUGAUUCAUUUGGUUAUGAGACUAGUUCAAAGUGUUAUUGGAUUGAGAAGGAUUAGAAGGAGACCUGUUUGAUGACUUUCGACAUAAAGACGAUUUGGAAGCUUACUGGUUUGUUUGUGUCGUGUGGUGCUGCAUCGUGCCGUUGAUUCGCCGCACUAAAUUGUAUUGAUGGAUUUUUUUGUGUGGAAGACUUUGUAACAGAUUUCUUUCUUGUUUCCUCCCCAUUUAUGGUUCCUUCUGGAGUUCACUUUCUGUUCAUGCUGUUUGAAAUUUAGUGGUUUACGUGAGAGGCUCUGCUUUAUUUGAUUAAUGUGCUGAAAAAUUCAAGCAAAUGGCGUCUCUGUAGUUAUUUUCUUGAGGUCUGUGAUAAACAGUGCAUGCAUGAUUCAUACUGGGCUUUGACUGUUCUAUAUGUAAUGUUGAGAACCGGACAGAGUUAAGUUAUUGCAAAGAUUGAAUUGUACAUUAUUCUGGACUCUCCUAUUCAAAUCAUGAUUGAAAGAGACACUGGGCGCCCUCGGGGCUUUGGGUUCUUGACCUUUGCAGAUCGUCGUGGAAUGGAAGAUGCGAUAAGGGAAAUGCAUGGUAGGGAGUUGGGUGAUCGGGCAAUCUCAGUAAACAAGGCCCAGCCGAAGAUGGGUGGUGAUGAUGCUGGUCGCGGCUAUAGCGGUGGUUACCCAUCUGGUGGCAGGGGAAGCUAUGGAGGCGAUAGAUCGUCAGGGCAGGACGAGUGCUUCAAGUGUGGGAGGUCUGGGCACUGGGCCCGAGACUGCCCUUCAGCAGGUGGUGGCCGUGGUGGUGGUGGUCAUUUGUCAUCAGUUCCUAGGUUUGGUGGGUCUGGUGGCCGUGGGGAUCGUUUCGGUGAUCGGUAUGUUGAACGUGACCGUUUUGUUGAUGACAGAUAUGAUGGAGGACGUUAUGGCGGGGAUCGCUAUGAAAUCAGAGAGACAAAGUAUCCGAGUCGUGAUUAUGUGACAGACAGGUAUCCUCCCAGCAGUGAUCGCUUUGGAGGUGACCGCUAUGGAGAAUCAGACCGUUACCCACCAAAUGGAUAUGGUAAAGAGAGAGUGUAUGAAAGGGAUGUUGGCCCAAGGCGGAGCACUGAAAGGUACGGAGGCGGAGGUCCAGCACGCUAUGAAGGGAAAGGUUACAGGGACAGAGCUGGUCCCUAUGACCGCCCCAGGAGGGGAGGACAUCCAUCUUCCUUCGACCGUUACUAGAUCAUAUAUCAGUUCUAGACUGUACUGCACUUUCUAGUUAUCAGAAUUUAAUUAUGUAGGAUGUUUGCAACCUUUUUUCAGCAUUUGAUGUACGACAGUGUUUACUUUAGCUUCUGCAAGUUAAACUUGUAUGUCAUUUCUAAUCGGUGAUCAGUGAUUGCCCCACUUACUGAGAAUUGUGUAGACAUUAUGGAUGGUAAUACUGGUGUAGAAAUAACGCUUUGAACUU